AUGGCAUAUGACCCUCGUCGAGUAAACACGGGGAGCACCACUCCUCAAACUCCUCCCCCUCCCCCUCCUCCACCUCCAGAGUCCGCCUCCGACAUGGCCGCAACGGACACGGGCGCCAAAGACCCCCUGGACUCAUGGAAGCUGAAGUUCUGCACCGUGUGCGCAUCGAACAACAACCGCUCCAUGGAAGCCCACCUCCGUCUCUCAGCAGCCGCAGCCGCCUUCCCAGUCAUCUCCUUUGGGACAGGCUCCCUGGUGCGCCUGCCAGGUCCUACCAUCACCCAGCCCAACGUGUACAGCUUCAACACGAUCUCCUACAACCAGAUGUGGGAAGAGCUGCACGGCAAAGACGAGCGUCUGUACCGCAGCAACGGCAUCCUGAACAUGCUCGAUCGCAACCGCAAUCUGAAAUGGGGCCCCGAGCGCUUUCAGGACUGGGUGCCCGGCAUGCCGCGCGUGGACCACGUAUCCAAGGGCGACAAGGGUGCGUUGGGCACGGAAGCAGGCGUCGUCGAUGUGAUCAUCACUUGCGAAGAACGCUGCUGGGAUGCCGUCGUCGACGACCUCAUGAACAAGGGCAAUACCCUCAACCGGCCGGUGCACGUCUUCAACGUCGAUAUCAAGGAUAACCAUGAGGAGGCCCUGGUAGGCGGCAACGCUAUCCUCGACCUGGCCAAUAGUCUCAACGAGGCUGCCGUUGAGCAGCGUACUCUCCAUGGUCCCGGUGGCUGGGAGAAUGGUACUGGUGCCGCGCGUCAGAGCUUCGAUGAACGUGUUCCUGAGAUUCUGGCGGAUUGGCAGGCGAAGAAUCCUAAUCUGCCGGCUCUGUGGACGCUUGCUUGGUUGUAG